ACAUUCUACCAGGCAGUAGGCACUAGGCAGUAGGCACCACAUUUCAUGUAAGUUGCUGAGUUUGGUAACCAACGGUUUCGAAUUUUUUAUUUUAGUACUUUUGAAAUUUGAUUCCAUUACUAAAUGUAGGUAGGACAUUACUCCUUUGAUUGUUUUAUUAAAGUGUAAACGUUAAAUAACAAUUUAUUGGCUUUUUAAAUGCUAUGGAGGGUUGUAAAUCUUCAACGACAAUUUUUACGAUGUGAGUUGUGGACUAAACGUAAAUUGUAUUUUCAAAAAAUGCCUUUCUACGCUGUUGCCAAAGGCCGGACUUCUGGAAUAUUUAUGGAAUGGAGUGAUUGUGAAGCACAAGUUAAGGGCUUUCCUGGUGCAAGAUAUAAAAAGUUCAAUACAGUUGUCGAGGCCCAAGAUUUCAUUACAACUAACAAAACAGUUAGUGGACCGGCAAAGGAGAUACCUCCUAAAAAGCAAAAAUCUCGUUCAUCUCUGCCCAGUAAAAACGAUAAUAAUCUGAAAAGAAAUUAUUCAACUUCUACCAAAGCCGACGAUACUGUUCCAAAGAAGAAACUGAAAGAAAAAGCGAAAACAGAUGGUUUCAGUUCUGAUGACGAUGAUAUUGACUUGAACACAAUAGUUGUAAAACAAUUAGAUGACAUAGAGAAAAGACUAAAAGGAGUUACUAAUCGUGUAGAUAAAAUCUUUGAAAAGAAUACUAAAAAGGUAGGAAAGAAGACUAAGUUAAUUCAACUGCAGGACCUUGGAUCGGAUUUCAAAGUGGAUGAUGAGGGGUUUGUUCAAGUUUAUACAGAUGGAGCAUGUUCAUCAAAUGGCCGUUCAGGUGCUCGAGCUGGUCUUGGUGUUUACUGGGGUGAUGGCCAUAGUCUGAAUGUAAGUGAGCCAGUGUCUGGGCGAGCUACUAACAACUGUGGUGAAAUUCAAGCAGCCACAAAAGCUAUCAAGCAGGCCAUCGAUAAUGGGGUUGACAAGUUGGCUAUUAAUACAGACUCCAAGUUUCUAAUCAAUUCUGCUACCAAGUGGAUGCCAGGUUGGAAAAGAAAAGGAUGGAAACUACAGUCAGGAGAACCAGUGAAGAAUGAAUUAGACUUUAAGGAUCUUGAUAGUGUCCAGAAAAAGAUUAAUAUUAAAUGGAAUUAUGUAGAAGCCCAUAAAGGGAUUCAUGGCAACGAGAUGGCUGAUCAACUUGCUAAAGCUGGUGCCUCCCGCUAUGGAAACUAAACAUGAAUGAGUAGUUCCUAUGUAGAUUUUAUUAGAUAAAAGUUAUAAGAAAGUUUGUUUAAUAUAAAAACCAUGUUGUAGUAUCAAAUGAGUGUUACUUUUGAUUUUUACGUAGCCUUUAACUUUGUUAAAAGUUUAGGUUCUCUACACAUUUCAACUUCUUUAUUUUUUGUCUAAAUUCUACUGUCUAUACUUUUUAAAUAUCUGUUUUUACUAUGAUUGCUAUUUGUUUAGGAAAUUUAUAUUUAAGGUUUGCCUAGAAUGCAUUUGUUAAGUGGUGCUUAUAAAAAUGGGUAUCACCUUUAUUACUAUUAAUGGCUGUGUUAGGUAGGAAAGGUAAUGCUUUUUCUGUCCAUGUCAUAUCUGCCUAUACACUACCUAAAGAUGGAUUUAUAAUCAUUGGCUGUAGUAUUAUCCGAUUACUUUAUGUCUAAUGUUGCCUGUAACAUCAAAAUUUAAAAUUGUACAAGUUAGAUAGAUAAAUAAGUCGGACUUAUUUAUCUAUGUACCAUAAAGGCUAGAAUUUAAUGAUACGGUAUCAAAUAGUUAUUUAUUUUUCUAUAAUCACAUUAGUUGAUAAUUUUAAUUAUAAUUAAAAUGACUCUUUUGCCCAUUACUAUUAAUGAUAAUUACUA